ACGACUAUGGGUAAAAUUCCGCUAGAUAUCGCAGACAAAAAAAUGUGAUGGAAUAUCGUAUCAUGAACUCGUGUGAAGAGGAAUCUCUAGAUCAACCACGAUGGAGAACGGCAAGAAGUCUAGAAUAGGGAAAACUAAUAUAACAAGGUCAAAAAGCGGUUGUGUUAGUUGUAGAAGACUACGGAUCAAAUGUGAUCAAACCAAACCAAGAUGUGAAUAUUGUAUGCAUACAAAUAGAGAAUGUGAAUACCCCAACAAUCUAAGAACGAUAGAAUUCAAGCCAUCAUAUCAUAAAAAUAGGCCACUAAGGAAAAACCAUGAUAAUAUUCCUAUUAAAAUUAGUCUAAAUGAUGCUUCCAGCCAGUUAGGUAUAUCAAACUUUGAAUUAAAGCUAUUAAAUUUCUUUCACCUUUAUUGUCUUGCAGAUAUAACCAAUGGAGUUGAUAAUCCCAUGCAAGCCCUUUGGAUGAGUAAAGUACAUCCAAUGUUUAUGGAAAGUAAAUUAAUAAGAAAUAGCAUAUUUUCCUUAGCAUCUUUGAAUUUGUAUCCAAUAUGUCAAAAUUUAAAUGAGAGCACCAUCAAAUCAAAUUCAUUUGCAGGUGAUGAUAUGUUUCCAGAAUCUAGUGAAUUGCUCAUUCGGGCGUCAAAAUAUUUCAGUAAUACAUUAUUAGGAAAGAAUGAAUUGAUAAAUAAGUUACUGAAUGAAAAUUACGCUACUCAAGAACUACAUACUAAAGUGGUUUUGGCAACAGAAUUAUCGGUAUCUAGUAUGAUUAUUGCCUUGUUUUUAAGUAUGCAUUCGCAUAGAAUAUUACCGUUGGUAUCGUUUGAUAGAACGGUACCUGAUUAUAUAUCCAUAUGUAGAGGGAUGCAUCUGUCUAUGAUAUCAUUUCAUUCCACAUUUAUAUGUAAUGUGUUUGAUGAUGUGCUAAAAUGUCAUAUGGUCAUUAAAAUACCAAAUUUUAAAGAAACUCCAUAUCCGAUUUUAGUUGCUUUACGUGAAGAUUUAGAUUUUGAAUAUAUGGACAAAGAAUUAUCAACAACUACAACGGAGGAAUAUAAUGCUAUGUAUGAUAGUCUUGAAAUAUUACAUUCAUGUAUAUAUAAAAGUAUGGUUGAUGGAUAUUCAGUUCCAUUACUUAGUUGGUUGUCGCUGUUACCAAGUCAGUUUUAUGAUUUGAUUUAUGAUAAGAAUUUCUUCAGUUUAAGAAUAUUAUACGUAUAUACAAGUUUGACAACCUUAAUUAAAUUUCAAAAUCACAAGGAUUCAACUUUAUGGGUGGAUUACAUGAGUUGGUAUAAGGAGUAUAAUUAUCAAGAAUAUGGUUGUUGGAAGUAUAAUAUGGACAAAUCAUUAUAUUCUCUAGAAUUUGGUGGUGAUUUUAAGUUUGGAACCGAUUAUUCAAAUUUAAAGACUUUUAAUCCUGAAGCUUUGGUUAUUUAGAAUGAAUAGUAUAGAAAAUAUUGUGUAUGUAUAUACUUUAAGUAAUGUUAACUACCGAAUUAUACGAAAUGUGUAGUUGUAUUUCAAACCCCAGAUUUAAGGAUUUAAAGGAUUUAAGAGAAGGGCUAUGGGGAAAAAUACGUAGAUAUCGCAGUUAUAAAAAAGUGAGAUGAAACAACUAAUUUAUGAUCUGAUAUGAUCCAUCUGUAAGUAGUUCAUUUACAAUGGAGAAUAGAAAGAAGCCAAGAGGAAGGACAACUAAUAUAACAAGAUCAAGGGGUGGUUGUCUUGCUUGUAAAAGAUUGAGAA